AUGCUGAAUAUAUAUGACGCUUUCCUUUUUAUAUUGUGUAUAUAUACACAUUUUAGAUCAAUAACUUCAGUUGAGACACAAGUUAAUGUGAUUCCAUCUUCGUCUAAUAUAAGGAACGUUAUUCCAAGUAAUUUAAUGAAUAAACAUAGUUUAUCACAUGAUCAAAAUUCUCAAAGUAAUUUGGAUAAGAUUAGAUUAGAGUUUCCAAAGUGCCCUCUAAAGUGUGAAGAAGGAUGGCUUAGAGAUGGAUGGUGUGAUACUGAAUGCUAUGUAGAAGAAUGUGGUUUUGAUGGAGGAGACUGUAAAGGUUGGUGUGCUCCUGAGUGUCGUCCUACUUGGCAGGGUGAUGGACAAUGCGACUUAGAUUGUUUCAAUGAAAAGUGUGAAUGGGACAAAGGAGAUUGUAAACAUCUUGAAUCACAUGGAAAAUCAUUCAACACUACACUAGAGCAUAAAGAUUUCGAUUAUUCAAUGUGUAAGUGUAACAAAACACUGUUAAAUAAUAAGCACUGUGAUCCUGAAUGUAAUACGUUAGAGUGUAAUAUGGAUGGUCAUGACUGUUUACAUCGCUGUAACUCAAGAUGUAUAAAUGCAUGGCUAGGAGAUGGACAAUGUGACCCGACUUGUGAUACCCCAGAGUGCUAUUUUGAUAAGAGAGAUUGCAAAAUUUGUUCAAAGAAUUGUAAGGCAUGGAUGGUUGGGAAUGGAAUAUGUGAUAUAGAUUGCAAUAAAUCUGAGUGUAAUUAUGAUAAUGGUGACUGUAGUAAUGUUUGCUCAGUUACUAAAGUUGAUUAUGUUAACCAGCCAAUGAUAUAUAAAUUUUGUCUUAAAUCUUGGGUUGGAGAUGGAUACUGUGAUGAAUAUUGUAAUAAUUUUGAAUGUAAUUUUGAUAAUGGAGAUUGUAAUAAUCAUAACUCACAACUUGAGUCAAAUUCUAAUAAUACUAUAUUGAACUAUUUAACUUAUUUGAAUUAUACAAGUACAUCUACUACUUUACAUUCAAGUAUAGAUAUGCAAUUUAAUACAACAAAUAAGCCAUUUUCAAGUAUUAAUGGUACUAGAGUAGCAGAUAAUGUACUAAAUAUUUCAAGUUCUACUUCUAUAGUAGAUAAACCUAUAAACACUCUAAAUAUGAACAGUACAUUUAACUUAAAAAAUAGCUCCAAUAUAUCAGAAAUUUUAAAAAUACCGAAUAAUUUUAAUAAUACAAUGAUUAUACUUAAUAAUAUAAGUACUGAUACAAAUGUAAGUAAUUUAAGUAUGAUUGAUUCUAAUAUAUAUUCAGAUUUCUCUCAUCAAUCAAACUCUUCAAGAACUUACCAAAGUAGUGCAGAUUUUGUACAUUUUGCCAACACAUCUAAUUUAAAUACAUCUGUUCCCAGUAAAGAAUCUCACAUUUUAAAAUAUAUAAGAAGUUCUGAAUAUAAAGAGGUAGUUCCAAAUAUAAAUGUGGGAAACCAUAUUUCAUCUCAGCCUUUAUUGACCUACAAUACAUCUUAUACUAGUAGAAGACCUACAAUCUACUAUGAAAGGAGCACAAAUGGAGAGUUUGAACAAAAUAAUAUAGGAUCUGAUACACAUACAUCGAAUAUUUUUGGCGAAUUUCCAAGGUCUUAUAGAGAAGACUUUGGAGAGAAAGUUAAUAUUACAAGUGAAGCAUCUACUCCAUACUUACACACUGGAUUACAAAUGUCAGAUAAUACUACAAAACUUACAUAUAUGGAAAUCAUGCAAAAUAAAUCUUUACAAGUCCCUAAAAUUUUUAAUAUAGAUAAUAACUCAGAUUUUAACCCCCAAUAUUUCAAUUUCGAAGGUUAUUUGAAGCCUAAUUUUUAUCUUUCUAGUAUAGACAAUUCUACAGAUCACACUUCAAACUUAAGCUAUGAUAGUAAUGCAAGUAUUGAAGAUUUGGAUAAUCCUGCAUUUUCCACAAUAUCUAGUUCAAUUCCUAAUCUUCAGUGGAUAAAUAAUUCAAAUAUAAUUUCGAGUCCUCAGCCUCAUAUAAAUUCAGAUAUUUUGAGCUCUAAAUUAUGUUUGGAUAAUCCUGAAAGUGAGUAUUACAUGAAAAAUUCGAGUUUGAAACAAUGUAGUGCUUCAUAUGACAGUACAAGUCAUAUUAAUGAUCAAAAUUCAUAUAAUGCAGAUUCACACGUUUCACAUCUGGAAUUAUAUAAACCUAAAAUUUAUAGUGAAAGUACUUAUCCUGAGUAUGCAAAUGUUAUCUUGCGACAAAAUUCAAGUACUGAUAACCAGACUAAUGCUGAUAGUAAAUAUAGAACAAAGUAUAGAGAUUACAAUAAUAACACUAAACUACAAGCUUCUAGAGAACAAAGUAUCGAUAUUGUUAAUGGAACUAAUAAUUAUUUAAAAGAGAUAUCAAGUUUCAAUAAUUAUAGUGAAGGCAUUAUAGAUUCUAGAUAUAACUAUAUAGAUCCACUUUCUACAAAUUUGGAAUUGGAAAUUCAAAGUACUGGUGAUACAUACAAUAAUAGUAAAUAUGUAAGUUCUUAUUAUAUGGGGGUAAAUAAUGAACAUUUAGAAAUAGACAGUCCUAUUUUUAAUUUAAGUUCUAAUAUCUUAUCGAAUAUUAAUAGUACUAAAUUUAGAGACUCACCUAAUAGGACAUCAAUUAUUAAAUACUUUAAUCAUAAUAAUACAGAUUCUACAUUAAAAUAUCCUGAAGUAAAUAAUUCAAUAGAAGUUAAACAUAAUCAAGUUAAAGGACAUAGCAAUUUCUAUAGGGAACAGAAAAUUAUUAAUAAUGUAACAGAGCCUAAAGAGAAAAACAUCUAUACCAAUGAUAGGAUACAGAACACGUUGCAUAAUGCAUCAAAGUUUUCUUACCCUCUUUCACCAUAUCCUACAAACUAUAAUAGCUCAACUUUAAGAGGUCCCCACACUUCUUAUAACUCUCACUCACACCUUUCAUCCAGCCCAUACUUCAGUACGACAUAUAUGUAUCAAUCAGCAUCUCCUACUUCAACAUUUAAUAGGAAAUCAGGAAGGAGUACGAGGUAUCAGAAUAACAAUAACUAUAAUAGAUUAUAUAGAGGAGGAAAUCGUUAG